AUGGAUUAUAACAUAACUCGAUAUGGAGACCAAAUGCCAAGUGUCACAAUCAGCCCAUGGCGAACGAUAACUGCAUCAUACACCCCGAUCGGUACGUCCAUCUUGAUCCUCCUACAAUGCAUCCUAAUCUUAUGCAUCCUCUUUGGAAACAGUCUGGUUGUGAUUUCAUUCGGCCGAUUCCGGAGAAUACGCGCCCAAAAAACCAACUUCUUUCUCGCAAGUCUAGCGUUGGCAGACAUACUUUUCGGUCUCAGUUCGAUAUUCGGUAUAGCUGAAGUCCAUGGACAUAUCUUCUUCCGAAAGAAGUACGCUUGCCUAGUUAACAUUUCCAUCAUAAGCUUCUGCAUUGGGUUGUCCGUUUUCGACCUGUUGUUCAUAGCUUUGGACAGGCUAAUUGCAAUCGGUUGGCCGUAUCGGUACCCGAAGAUCGUGAGAACCAAAAGCAUCUUGACUGUAAAAGCAACAGUAGCGUUUCUGCUAUUGGUUACUUCGUGUUUGCCUCUGUUUGGCGUUAACCAAUGGGAUAGGAGAACUGGGUGUUUCCCAUUGUACGUCAUGUCGGAAGUGCAGGUCGUUUCCUGCGCGGCCAUUUUGUGCGUUGCAUCGUGUGUCACGCUUGGAAUAUAUGUUUAUAUUUUUCUGGUGGCGAAGGCACACUUUCUGAGGAUUGUUAGGGAAGACAGGAUUAAGCACGCAGGAGGACAUAAACCAAGUGUAAUCAGGGAUUUAAAAGCAGCAAAAUUGCUCUGCAUAAUGGCUGUCAUUUUCCUACUCUGCUGGGGAACGGGAUUUUGCAUUAUGGCGGUCAUUAUUUGCAACCAUGGUUACAAUGCAACUUUGGUCAUCCUGGACAGUUUAGGAUAUACUCUGAUCCUGUUGUCGUCUGCCUUAAACCCCCUGAUCUACACUUACAGAAAUCAAGACUUUCGUUGGGCGUUUCGAAAACUUUUUAAGACGCGUCGAAGCAGUACAGUUUCCGUCGCGAACACUUCAGACAUUGCAAUUUCAAUGACGCAAUCGUCAAGUGAACUGAUGGCUGUUUUAUAA